AUGCAGACGGUCAUCCCGACGACGGAGUCGACGUUCCACACCAUCGCCCACAUCCAGCCCACGCGCUGCGUGUGCCGGGUGCUGGUGUCCGUGACCAAGGAACUGGUUGCUGGACAGCAAGCUGAAGCGGCUGCGCAAGAAGGCGUUGGUGCUGAUGCCGGUUAUACCGCAAGCACGGGCGCUGCUUCGGCAACUGCAAAUGCUUCUGCUGCCACUGCUUCUUCUGCUUCUUCUGCUGCCGGCGGCGAUGGGCCCGUCGACCUCAGUGCCCACGCAGUGCUUGAAGGACCGCGCAAGGCCAUGGCGGCGGCGUCAGAGGUGGUGCUGCUGACCACGUGCAAGAGGCUGUUCCCGGCCAAGGUGAAGCAGGCCGUGUGGGAGGUGGAGCCAUACCAGUACCACACCAUCAGCGAGACGCUGCCCGCUGUGCAGCUGCACGCGGAGAUUCGCGAGGGAAGCAUCAACAACGACCGCGACAUGAACGCCGAGAGGAGCGGCCCCCUUGCGGUACAACGAGGCGCGCGUGCCCACCACGUGCUGCAUAUGGUUGCGCCAAACUUUGCACCCGAGUUUGGCAACACGGUGACGCAGACGGCUGCGGACCUGACGACGGCGUACCGCGCGCUGCUGACGACGACGCGGGACAACAACAUUCGCUCGCUCGCCACGUGCGCGCUCGGCUGCGGCGCUUUCCGCUGCUCCCCAUACGCGUGGACCGCGACGGCACGUUCGUUCUUCGACACCAUCCGCGUGACCAUCAUCACCAAGGACGUGAGCAUGCUGUCGGCGUUUAAGCAGCUGUUUGAGAAGUACCAUGGCGAGAAGUGGCUGUACACGGGGCCAACGUACACGGAGCCGCCCUCCAAGGCGGAGCUGGACAACAAGGCGGCGUGGAACGGGUUUACGCACGACGCGACGCUGCUGAUUGAAAACGCCUUCAACAAGCACUGGGCUGCCAUCGCUGCCAAGCGCAAGCGCAGUAAUGCUGACAACGAUGAUGAUGAUGAUGGCAAUGGUGGUGGUGAUGGUGAUGAUGAUGAUGUUGGCAAUGGUGAGAGUGAUGAUGGCAGUGAUGGCCAGAGCGGCAGCAUCGGUCAGCACAAAGGUGUCGCUGCUGGCGGCGUUGCUGUGGAGCAUGCGCGUGAGAUGCCCAAGGAGAUGACAAAGCCGUGCGGGCGCUUCCCCGACAAGUACCUGCACAAGGAGCACUCCAAAAUGAGUGAGGAAGAGGACGCCCACGCGGUCGCCCAUGCCCGUGCAACCGCGGCUGCGGAGGAUGAGCGCAACAUGCGCCGGACGGUUGAUCCAGAUGUCCUGCAGUGGUGGCUGGAAUACAAGAACCGCAAGGCGUGGAAGUCGGCAAGCUUCUUCAAGUUCAAGAUCCAGUACACGACCAACACCCCCGGCAAGCUGGUUGACCGCUACUUCACGGUGGCCUUCCAGGACCACUGGGUUGAGCGCGUGCGGCGGGUGGUGGACGAGCAGCGGUCGAAGCUGGAGCCACAAGCCCUCUUUGAGUUUCCUGACGGCUGGCACAUGCGCGGGGGCCAGUUGCUUGUUGACGUGACCAGCGAGGACGAGCUGGGCCACGUGCGUGCGCCCCCUGUUGGAGCCGCUUCGCCCACGAAACCUGCGCGUGCAGCGUGUGCAGAACGUGCCGCUGUUCAAGCGGUACUUGGAGAGCGUGCACCGCGUGUACUGGCGCCCGCGCCACCAAGCCUGUCCAACGACAUUGCGCCGCUCUCUGGCAACGACAACGACGACUGCAACGUGCUUGUGCAACGUCUGCUGCACGUCAUCUGCAGGAGCGAGCUUGGCCUGACCAUCAACUACGCCAGCGCGGAGGGCUACUUUGUCUCGGGCCUGUACUUCAGCCGCGACCCGUCGUUUGCUGUCAAGUGUGGCCACCACAAGGGCAGCGCAACAGACAAGAACGACACCGCCAGCGAGCGGCGCCCGAGUGACAUUGCUGUUGCUGCUGCUGAUCAUGAUGUCGCUGCAACUGCUGUUUCUGCUGCUGCUGCUCGCCAUGUUGCUGACGAAGGAGAAGGAAGCGGUCGAGCUGCCGCUGGUGAAGGGACCUCGGGUGGUGCUGAGAGUCCUGGUGGACGCAUGACUGCUUUUGCUGCUGCUGGGAGCGUGUUAUACGAUGUCGUUUGCGGUUUCGACGGCGAUACGGAGAUGUUUGUCAUCUACGACAACGGCAUGUGCUACCCAGAGUACAUCAUCUCCUUUGACGAUGAUGCUGUUGAUGUGCAGGGGGAAGUGGACGGGGACGAAUCAGAGGAUGCGGAAGAAGAAGUAGUCGCGCCAGUUAUGCUGGAGCGAGGGGCAUGCGACUCACGACUGGGGAUGAGGAUGGUGGUGAUGGUGAUGGUGAUGGUGACGGUGAUGGUCCGCCACGUGAAGAUGGCGAUCAAUCACAACGACCUUCACCACCCCAAAAACAAUGUUCCCGGUGAUGGUGCUGUUGCUGAGAAUAACGGCUACGGGGCGUACGGAAUCAGAGGUAGCCCCCACCCCAACAACAGCCCCAACAUUAACAACAACAACCACAACAUUCUUGGCAAUGCCAGCUGGGACAUGCGCGAGGCCCAGUUGCUUGUUGAUGUGACCAACGAAGACGAGCCGAGCCGCUUGCGUGCGCGCCCUCUGGGAGCCGCUUCGCCCCCGAAACCUGCGCGUGCAGCGCCCGCGCCACCAAACCUGUCCAACGUCAUUGCGCCGCUCUCUGGCGACGACUACAACGUGUUUGUGCAUCGCCUGCUGCACGUCAUCUGCAAGAGCGAGCUUGGCCUGACCAUCAACGACGCCAGCGCGGAGGGCUACUUUGGCUCGGGCCUGUACUUCAGCCGCGACCUGUCGUUUGCUGUCAAGUAUGGCCACCACGAGGGCAGCGCAGCAGACAAGAACGACACCACCAGCGAGCGGCGCGUGUAUGUCGAUGUGUCGACGCCCCAGUCGAAUGUAGUUGCUGAUCAUGGUGCUGAUGAUGAUGUCGUUGCAACUGCUGUUGCUGCUGCUCGCCAUGGUGGUGACGAAGGAGAAGGAAGUGGCCGAGUUGCUGCUGGUGAAGGGACCUCGGGUGGUGCUGAGGGUGCUGGUGGACGCACGACUGCUUCUGCUGUUGAUGGGAGCGUGUUGUACGAUUCCGUUUGCGGUUUCGACGGCGAUACGGAGAUGUUUGUCAUCUACGACAACGGCAUGUGCUACCCAGAGUACAUCAUCUCCUUUGACGAUGAUGCUGUUGAUGUGCAGGGGGAAGUGGACGGGGACGAAUCAGAGGAUGCGGAAGAAGAAGUAGUCGCGCCAGUUAUGCUGGAGCGAGGGGCAUGCGACUCACGACUGGGGAUGAGGAUGGUGGUGAUGGUGAUGGUGAUGGUGACGGUGAUGGUCCGCCACGUGAAGAUGGCGAUCAAUCACAACGACCUUCACCACCCCAAAAACAAUGUUCCCGGUGAUGGUGCUGUUGCUGAGAAUAACGGCUACGGGGCGUACGGAAUCAGAGGUAGCCCCCACCCCAACAACAGCCCCAACAUUAACAACAACAACCACAACAUUCUUGGCAAUGCCAGCUAACU